UGUACAGAGGGACAGAGGGCAGAGUGCAGCUGCUGCACACGCUGCAGAAAAGGCGCGCGAGGCGGACGCGUGCCGGCGACGUCGAGCGCUCUCCAGUCCGCCGGCAGUAGCCCUCGGCAAGGCGCGGCGGGCGUACGCCGCGCCAUGGCUACGUCUAACCCAUAUAACGUCACUAGUGACGAAACUUUCGACAACCAAACUUAUUUCGAUCACGUCGCCGCUUUGGUAGCCCAUGCGUUAUUCGUCUAUUAUACCCCGGUUUUGAUCCUUCUCGGCUCGAUAGGCAAUUUGCUAUCAGUGUAUGUAUUUUUCAACAGUAAAUUACGAUUGCAAUCCACCAGCCAAUAUCUUUCCGCGCUUGCGAUAUCCGAUACGAUAUUUUUAUUGCAACUUUUGGCACCCUGGCUGAGCGCCGUGAGCGUCACGUCCAUCUUUUACACGGGCGGUUUUUGUCAGGUAUUCGUAUACUUGUCUUACGUGUCAUGCUGCCUGAGCGCUUGGCUCGUGGUCGCUUUCACUAUAGAGCGCUUCGUCGCGGUGCUGUACCCGUUGCGCCGUAACGCCUGGUGCACGGUGAAGCGCGCUCGGCACGUGAUCAUUUUGCUAUCCGGCGGCGCGACCAUGAUGAAUUUGCCGGUGCUAAGAUUCGCAAUCCCCACCAGUGACGAUUGCAACAUAGACCGAAAAUAUUUAGAGCACGCGGCGCGUUUCAACCUUGUGGACACAAUGUUGUCCUUCUCGAUCCCCCUGAGCCUCAUCGUUCUGCUGAACGUGUGGAUAAUAUUCGGGGUGUGCCGGUUGGAACGCACGCGGCACCAGCUCAUGAAGGCGGAGGGCAGCACGGCUGGCGAACGCGCGCGGCAGACUCGCCUGGUCGGCUGUCCCCGCUCGCAGCAGCGCGUCACCCGAAUGCUUCUCAUUGUGUCUUCUGUAUUCGUCAUCCUGAACCUGCCGGGCUACGCUUUGCGAAUCAUCGCCUACGCCUACGAUCUGCAGGGCUCCGAGACCAUGACGGGCCGUUGGAUGGCGCUGCAGCAGUUGGCCAUCAUGUUUUUCCACACCAACUUCGGCAUCAACUUUAUGCUGUACUGCCUGACGGGGCAGAACUUCCGUCGAGCCGUGUGCCAGAGCCUGCCGUGCCUACGGCAGCGCGCGCGCCGCGCGGUCGCCGUGCGCCGCCCCACCUCCCGCCCGGCCAGAGCCAGCAGCAUCUCUAGUCUCUCUGCAGCUUCGUUCAUCAGCAACUGCACCGAGGCGACCAACCUGCCGAGCGCCACCGCCGCGACCCCGGGCUCCCGCCGACGCAGGCAGGAGCCGUUCAUCACCAGAUGGAAGUUCGACAACAGCAAGCAACGCCGCCAGAUCCCCGGCGCCGCGGCCAGCGCCGCCGUGGCCAGCACCUCCGCCGGCCCCUCCAAUGACGUCGAGAUGCGGGUUCUCAACUCCGGCGCCAUAUGACGGGGACGGAAGGAGCCCUACGUAUGCACGACUAUGUUUUGAAACGGGUGUAUCAAGGAGGAGUAUGUCUACCCGUAGACGUGUGCUACGAAACUUCGUGUAAAUCCUUCGGUGAAAAGCAGCAAUAGACAUUCCGUUGUUUGAGUACACUAAACGUAUUGUUCAACAUUUUUUGGCCCAUUAACAAAAUUCCCGUCUGAUGUCGAAAUAAUAGAAUUGUGAAUAGAGUUAAUUAAAAAUCUAUUGCUGCUACAUUUCCAACUCUCCCCGUGUUUAAUCUACAAAUAGUUUACUUUGUUUUGCCCCGAGGUGUUAUUACUAUAGUCUAAGAGCUUACAAAAAUUGGUAAUUCGACUAUUUUUCACUUUGCAUAGUACACUUACAUCUUUGCACUAUGCAAAUUUAUUGAGUAUUAAGAACUCUUUACAACAAACAUUUAUUCUUCAGACUCGAAGCCAAAAGAUCGAAAAUAUGGCUCGAUAUUUCAUCGGUCAUACGAAAAUUAUAACGUACGGCACGAAAACUACAAGCCAUGAGCUCUUGGACUACAAUGUAAACAGUCUACGAAACCGAAGUUCAAUCAAAUGAAGUCUUUACACGAAGUUAACAUACUCCUCCGCCCGAACGCGACUGAGCGUAAUGAUACCUCACAAGAGACCCACUUUAUGGCUUUCUUAUUAAUAACACUACCUUUUUAAUUAACUUUUAAGUAAACUCUCGAACUAUGGAAUGAUAGCAAUAGAUUCUUUAAGCGACUAAAAAAUAGUAACAGGGAGAAUUUAAAUAUAAUUUUCAACACAGCAAAUUAAAAUUACGAGCAAACAUACGUGGAACGUUACGUGGAAAACGUUGUUAUAGAUAUGAAAAUUUUUACUUGUCGACAACAACUACCAAAUUCAUUUUAAUAUACAAUAUAAGAUUCCUCGAAAUGGUUUAUCCGAUGUAUUGUAAAACAAAUUUAUU